AUGGCAUUAUCAUCAUCAACAACGGGAGAGAAAAAAAUGUUAACAUUGAAGAGCGGUGAUAACGAAGAAUUUCACCUUGACGAAUCUUUGGUCUUACAGUCUGAUCUUAUCAAGACCAUGGUGAAAGAUGAACGUGUUUCCACCAUACCAUUGCCUAGCAUCAAAAGCAAGACGCUGGUUAAAAUCAUUGAAUACCUCAAGAAAUAUGCGGAGCUCACUGCUACCUCGAACAAAGAAGACUUCAAGAAUAUCCAGAAAGAGUUUGUGAAUAUUGUCUUAGAAGAACUGCUUGACAUAACCGUGGCAGUAAAUUAUCUGAAAAUCAAUGGUUUGCUGGAAUUCUGUUGCCAGGCUGUGGCUGACAGAAUAAAGGACAAGAGUGUUGAAGCCGUUCAGAAGAUUUUUAAAAUUGAAAGUGAUUUCACCUCAGAAGAAGUGGCAGAGUUUAAAAGGGAAACUUCUUGGGCCUUUGAAGGUGACCUUGAUGAUACUACCAACUAG